CUCGUCGCUGCCGCAACACCGCUAGUGACGCUCGAUCAGCUGUCCGCGCGGAGCAGAGCUAGCGAGUCCCGCUCCCGUGACCGGCCGGCCGCAGUGCGGUGCGCGAUGGACCUGCUGUGCGAGGAACGCGUCAGCCCGAGCAGCGCCGGCAGCGCGGGUGAGCCGGCCGCGGCCGCGAUGGGCCCGCGCGCCGCCGGCUGCGACCCCGUGCUGCUGCGCCGCCGCGUGCUCGACAACCUGCUGCGCGCCGAGGAGCGGUACGCCGUCACCGCCAACUACUUCGCCACCUUGCAAACGGAGAUCACGCCGCACAUGCGCCGCCUCGUCGCCGAGUGGAUGCUAGAGGUGUGCGAGGACCAGAGUUGCCAGGAGGAAGUGUUCCCGCUGGCUAUGUCGUAUCUGGAUCGGUUCCUGAGCACGUGCGCGGUGGGCAAGAGCCAGCUGCAGCUGCUCGGCACGGCCUGUCUACUGCUCGCCUCCAAGCUGCGGGAGCCGGGCUCACGCGGCCUGCCCGCUGACCUACUCGUCUUCUACACCGCCAACAGCAUCACUCUCUCCGACCUCUGUAGCUGGGAGUUGUUGGUGUUGUCAAAGCUGAAGUGGGAUGUGGCGGGCGUGACUGCGCACGACUUCCUGCCGUUGUUGCUGGCGCGCCUGCCCCUGCCAGCCCUCGUCAACACCGAUAUGGUGCAGCGCCACGCACAGACCUUCAUAGCGCUAGCUGCUAGAGAUUACGAGUUCACGCUGUACUCGGCGAGCACGCUGGCGUGCUGCAGCAUAGCGGCGGCCCUGCGCGGCCUCUGCAUGGACGGCCACCUGCCGCGACUGCGCGACCUCACCGGCAUCGACUUGGACUGCCUUCAGACAUGCCUCGAGCAGAUAGAGGAGAUGGUGCAGGUGAUGAUAGAGGAGCGCGUCGCGACGGCCCCAAACGGGCAGGCGCGCGCGGCGUCGGGGGGCUGGACUCCGCCGCCCGCGCAGCCAAAGACGCACAACAGUGCCGCCACACCCACUGACGUGCGCGACGUGCACUUCUAGCGCCCUAGCCGCACGCGCACGCGCAUUCACGGCCGCAAAGUGCGCUGCAACACCGAAUGAAGUGCGCCACGUGCACUCUGAGCAUCUCCACCAUUGCCGCUGCUCGCUUACGGUGCAUGGAACUAUCGCUUUAAUAACCAUGUGUAUAAGUACGAGAAUACUAUAAACUACAACGUUUGUUGCAACGGUGAAUCCGUGAUCGAGGACUGAUAUAAAGACUGACGAUUACAUGUGUCUAACAUAGGUACCUUAUUGAGUGUUAAAUGUAAGUCCUAUUCGUUUAAUAGUUUAAGCCCCGCGUGCUACUUCAGUAAACUUUCCGCGCCGAAUUGCGUCGCCCGUCGAGCUCUGAUCAUGUCUAACUGUAGAUGUGGCACCGCUUGCGCAUACACUUUCCAUUUCUAGGUAACAUGCUUUUUGAAAUUACAAUCUACCUCUUAAUGUUUAAGAUGAUUAAUUUUGUUCGGUGAAAGCACAUUCAGUGAAAGAAAUAGUUGUUAUAGAUUUAGAAGUAAGUCAGAUGUUAUAUGGGACCAAAGGGAAAAUUGAUCGAGUUGAACAAAGAACGAAGCAAUCAAAUUCCAGAAAAUAAUUACUACAAAAUUAAUGGCAAUCCUAAAUUGAUUGAACAAGAAUUUAUGUAAACAGUUCAUGUUGAAUGUCAAAUAUAGUAAUGUACUUUAUUUAGAUGAUUUCUUUGACUAUAAGUAGAAAUAUCUGUUUUGUUGCUUAAAACAUAAAAAAGAAGUAAGUCAAUUAUCUAUAAAAUAUAAAAUUAAUUCCAUCUGACUUCAUAUAUGUCGAUCGACUUCAACUAACAUCGGGGGAAGGCAAUAAAAUACGCUUUUAUUUUGUAAAAAUAAAAAUAAUGUUCAUCUUUUUUAUAAUAUAGUAAAUAUGUAUAGUAUUUUUUCAACUUAUUCCAUUUACAGUUAUAAAUAAAGCGACAUGGUUCGCGUAUUGCACAUACAUAAAAUAUAAUUAUUGAAUUAUUUAGACGAAAGGCUGUAUAUUUUAUAUGGAUUGUGGACACCGCCACUGCCAUUGUUCCUUUGCACGUUACGUUCAAUGAAACUAUUUAGUUAUUAACUUAGUUAUUGUGAUAGAUAUAAAGUUGUUUUUUUCGAAUCGUAGUCACUUCAAGUCAUAAUAUGUAACUUAGGGGUCCUAUUGCGGUUGAGUUUAUUGUUAGAAAAGAAGAGAAGGUAAUGUGAUUUACGCAUCAUGUUUAAGAUAUUAGGUUUAGCAGUUAGUUGUAAACAGUUUUUUUUGUUCCUAUGCUUACAACCGCUGGAAAUAUAUAAUAGUCUGAUUUUUAUGUUCACCAACAAAUAAAUUGUUCAAAAAAUUGUUGACGAAUUCUGAUGAUAUGAAAAUAACUGACUGACUGUUCCCCAAGAUAUUUGCCUGAGCUGUACUGUACUUAAGAAUUUGACAAAAACAAUACCUUUUCAUA